GAAUGAUCUCUCUCAGUUUCGGUGUGUGCGGACGCGAUUUGCAGCCAGUGGUGCGUACGUGCGAAGAGGUGUGUAGUUGGUAGAAGCUAUUGUUUGCUUCACUGCCUUCGUUGUGUGCGUGUGUACGGAUCCAAAAACACCAACGGUUGGUAGAAAAGUGCAACACAGCGAAAGAAUCGACUCAUUUCGCCUACUCCGUUCCAGAGUGCAUCUAGUGUGUAUUUUGUUUGUGUGUGGUGUUCUUCACUGUCAGCUGUCAAUUGGGAGAAGGCGCCCGCUGCCUGCUACGCUAGAACGCAAAAUUGGAUUGAAGCAAGCAAUUCAACGUUGCGUCGUAAAACAGCGUACACACACAUCGAUACCCGUACAUACAGCCGCGCCAACCAUAAAAGACGGUAUUUAAGCCCCAUCAGUACACCGCAUCGUGAACGAUCAAAUGGUACAGCAGUGCAGCGGUGGUGAACCACCAUCACGGUGGUGGCGGUUGUCCUAAUGUCCUUUCGCAGGGAUAUCGCCACCGCCAUUCGGUUCCUGACCCGUAAGGAGCCGGAUGUGAACCGCUUUCGUCGCAAACGUUACCAGCACUGGUUAGCAUUAAUAUUGCACCCGACCAGCGAUAGAACCAACAACGGUAGUGGUUUUCACUGUCACCAAACGCUGUAAGGUAGAUGCUGCGAAAGUGCUAGGAAGAUCCAAACCUUCCCGCUUUUAAACAGCGUUUCUGUUUUACAGUAGUGUGCAAUUGUUGCAGCAUAGCAUUAAAAUUAUUGGUCGGAUUGCGGCCGGAUGGUACAGAACAACGACGAAUGAAACAAAACUAGCACCCGAGGCUUAGAUAGGAUUUAAGAAAUCUAUCGCUGAGAUAAUAAACAAAGGAAGGCACCAUACAGCACCGAUUACUGGCGUUUAUGUUUCGUUUGCGAGAGAAGCUGGAUUGACUGCAAACGUGCAAACCUUAGAGCAAUAUCGUAGUAAAAGUAUCAACGAUAUAUUGCAACGACGAUGGCUUCCGAUCAGAAGGAUGUCCUCGCUGGACUGAAUCUAUCUAAACUGUCCGUUCAAUCACCCGCGGCUCGCCUAAAAGAGCUGGAAAACCUCAUCCUUGAUCAUGUUACCUGCAGCGGUACAAAUAAUAACUUCAGCAACAACGGCAGCAAUGGUACCACCACGAACAAUAGCGUCAGCAGCCCGCUGUUUGGUAGCAUCCUCAGUGGUGCAGUUGCUGCUGCCGGUCUGUCGGCGGAAAAGUUCCUCUCGGUGGAAACAAUGGUAGACUGUCUGGUGGUGCUGUAUGACGAAUGCUGCAAUUCAUCGCUGCGCCGCGAAAAGACAGUGUCCGACUUUAUCGAGCUGAUGAAGUCGGUUGUGCAGAAUAUCAAACAGUUGCGGCUGUCUCGUGACGACUUCGAGGUGCUGAAGGUGAUCGGUCGCGGAGCGUUCGGUGAGGUGUGCGUUGUACGGAUGCAUCACACUAGUCAGAUCUAUGCGAUGAAGAUACUGAACAAAUGGGAAAUGUUGAAGCGCGCCGAAACGGCUUGCUUCCGUGAGGAGCGGGAUGUGCUGGUCUUUGGUGAUCGGCGGUGGAUAACGAAUUUACAUUACGCUUUUCAGGAUGACAUUAACUUGUAUCUCAUUAUGGAUUACUACUGUGGCGGUGAUCUGUUAACGUUACUGAGCAAGUUCGAGGAUCGUCUGCCCGAGGACAUGGCACGGUUCUAUAUAGCAGAGAUGGUACUGGCGAUACAUAGCAUCCACGAACUGAAGUACGUGCACCGGGACAUUAAGCCGGAUAAUAUAGUGCUGGAUGCGAGUGGGCAUGUUCGGUUAGCCGAUUUUGGCUCCUGUUUACGACUUGGUCCCCAGGGAACGGUACAGUCAAACGUUGCGGUUGGUACACCCGACUACAUCUCACCAGAGAUCCUGCGUGCGAUGGAAGAUGGUCAGGGAAAGUAUGGUCCAGAGUGUGAUUGGUGGUCAUUGGGUGUCUGCAUGUACGAGAUGUUGUUCGGUGAAACGCCGUUCUACGCGGAGAGUCUAGUCGAGACAUAUGGAAAAAUCAUGAACCACAAAAACUCGUUCGAUUUUCCAAACGACGAUGAAGAGUAUGGUGUGAGCGAACAGGCGAAGGAUUUGAUACGGCGGUUGAUCUGCGCGCCCGAAUAUCGGCUCGGCCAAAACGGUAUCGACGACUUUAAGGCACAUCCGUGGUUCGAAGGUAUCAACUGGGACACGAUACGAAACGGGCAGGCACCUUACAUCCCGGAGGUUUCUAGUCCAACGGACACGUCAAACUUCGACGUGGAUGAUACGGACAUCAAACUGUCCGAUGCUGUACCACCUACGACAAACCCUGCCUUCUCCGGUCAUCAUCUGCCAUUCGUGGGCUUUACUUUUACCAAGGACAGCUCCCUGUCGGACGUAGGCCGAUUGUCGCGUGCCAUCACGACGAACAACAUUAGUCAACCGCUGCCACCACUGAAGCUGGAAAAGCACGGUUCGGAGGAAAAACAGCGGCUCAGUCCAGACAGUACGCGAAAGCUGCAGGAUGAAAUCAACAUCCUAACCAAGCGCAACUGUGAACUGGAGAGCCAGAUCAAGAGUUUCGAACGGGUGGGAGCACUGUCGGUAGGAACGGCAGCCUCUGGUGACUCCGUAGACGGACAGGUAGAUGCAAAGAUUAAGGAGAACGAGAAAAUGAUACGUUUACUGCGGCAGGAAAAGGAUGAUCUACAGAAAGAGCAUCAGGAUGCAAUAGAUCGAUUAAAACAGCAGGACAAGGAACUGAAAGAUGCACUGGAGCAGCGCAAGCUUGCGAUGGCUGAGUAUACCGAGGUAACCGACAAGCUUUCUGAUCUGCGACAACAAAAGCAAAAGUUGUCGCGGCAGGUGCGCGAUAAGGAGGAAGAGCUUGAGGUGACAAUGCAGAAGGUGGAUACGCUACGCAGCGAGUUGCGCAAGACGGAUAAGUUGCGUCGUGAGCAGGAUGCCCGCGUGCAGGACUUAAUUUCGGAGCUGAAUCGGGAACGUCAGCAGCGCGAGCGUUCUGAAGAGUGCUACCGGCAGUUACAGAUGGAAGCACGCAGUCGCAGUUCAUCGGAACUAGGAUCGUCCAAUUCGCUUGGUAUCUCUUCAUCCGAUUCCAUUCGGCUAGAAAUCGAUCGUUUGGAGGUGGAGUACAGCGAGAAGAUUAACCAGCAACAGACACGAUACAACAUCGAAAUAUCGGCCCUAAGAGAUCAGCUGAACGAGGCGGACAAUCAUCGGGAAAUGCUUCAGCGGGAGUUGCAGCAAGCGCGCGAAAAGCUUGACUCGAGCCGACUUGAAUCACUCACGGACUCGGAGGAAACGAUCCUUGAGUUGCGCAAGCGGCACGAGCGCGAGAAGAAGAUUCUGCUCGACGAUAAUCGUAAACUGAUAACGGACUUGGAGAUGAUCAGUGAAGCAAACCGCCGUCUGACGACUGAACGGCUGCAAAUGGAAAGCGAAUAUGAGGACCUAAGAAAUAGACGCCAAGCAUUCAGCCAAUGGGAACGUCAGAUAGCGGAGAUAAUUCAGUGGGUAUCGGACGAGAAGGACGCUCGCGGCUAUCUUCAGGCGCUCGCAACGAAAAUGACCGAAGAGCUCGAAUACCUGAAGCACUCCGGGCCGCUCAACCACAAUGCGAGCGAUAACAAAAAUUGGCGUAAUCGACGCUCGCAAAAGCUCGACAAAAUGGAAUUGCUGAACCUACAGAGCUCGCUGCAGAACGAAAUUCAGGCAAAGGCAGUGAUUUCAGAAGAGCUUACGCGCACUAGAACCGAUCUCGUAGCGGCUCAAAAGGAUUUGCGGGAGACACGCCAGAUUUGUGAAUCAAUUGGUAGUGAGCUGAAGCGCAAAGAAAGCGUGAUAAAGGAUCUUCAGCAGCGGCUUGAAUCUAACGAAGGAUUCCUGGAAAGGCCCUCCUCGCAGAUGUCCUAUCUGGAUCACUUCUUGAAAGAGUCUGGCGGCGUUGGAAGUGGUGGUGGUGGCGGCGGCGGUGGUUCCAGCUCAACGACGCACACAAACUCAACGUUGGCCAUCAACAUGGUACAGCAGCAAAGUCAGGUGCAAUCGCAGCAGUUGCAAUCCCAGCAUACGUAUAGCAAUCAGCAGCAGCUGCUUCAACAGCAACAGCAGGAACAGGCGCAGCAGCAGCAGCAGCAGCAGCAACCAACGAUGCAUCAUUCGAACUAUUCGAUGGAAAGCGAGGAUGGUGAUGUGGAGGAUAAUAAUCGCGGUCACUCAUUGUCCAGCUCGAAGAGCAAUCUGAGCGAUCACUCACUGAGCAUGCAUAGCGUGAUGAUGUCGCACCAGCAGGACUUGCAUCCCCAUCGGCAGCAGAAAGCGAAAGUGCACCAGUUUCUCGUGCGGACCUUCUCGAGCCCAACAAAAUGCAAUCACUGCACAUCGCUAAUGGUGGGUCUAACGCGGCAGGGUGUGGUGUGUGAGCUGUGUGGUUUUGCUUGCCACAUGAUCUGCUGCCCGAAGGUGCCAACCCAGUGCCCGGUACCGUCCGAUCAGACGAAACGCCCGCUCGGGAUCGAUCCGACGCGCGGCAUCGGUACGGCGUACGAGGGCUACGUGAAGGUACCUAAGCUGGGCGGUGUCAAGCGUGGCUGGGUGCGCCAGUUUGUCGUUGUGUGCGAUUUUAAGCUGUUCCUGUACGACAUCUCUGCCGAUCGCAGUGCGCUGCCAAGUGUGCACGUCACACAGGUGUUGGAUAUGCGUGAUCCGGAGUUUACGGUUUCUGGGGUGCGCGAAAGUGAUGUCAUUCACGCGACGAAGAAAGACGUACCAUGCAUAUUUAGAAUUACAACAUCCCUGCUAGACGGUGGUCCUUCCCUGCAAACGCUAAUGCUAGCGGACACGGAAUCGGAAAAGGCAAAAUGGGUUGUGGCACUAAGCGAACUUCAUCGUAUAUUGAAGCGCAACAAUCUACCGAACACGGCCAUGUUCCGCGUGCGUGAGGUGCUCGACAGUACCGUGUCGGCGAUCCGGAACGCGCUGAGCGCACUGAUUAUCGAUCCAGAACGGAUACUCCUCGGCACGGAGGAUGGGCUGUUCUGUCUCGAUCUGGAUCGCAGCCAAAUAGCACGCAUCGGCGAAAGCAAAAAGGUGUACCAGCUGUGGUACAUCGCCGAAGAGCAACUGCUGGUGAUCCUGUGCGGUAAGCAGCGACAUUUACGGCUGUUACCGAUACGCGCCCUCGAAACGGUUGACGUCGAGUGGAUCAAGGUGGCAGAAUCGAAGAACUGCAUCACGGCCUGCACCGGAAUUAUAGAGCGCGGACCGCAACCCGUGUUUUGCAUCGUGCUAGCCCUGAAGCGCCAAAACACGUCGCAGAUUGUGGUGUACGUCGUGAACCGGGAUCGUAGCCGGCAUCACAAAAUGUGCGAGUUUACCGUUGCGUACCCUGUGCAGAGCUUGCAGGUUUUAUCCGACAUGCGGUUGGCUGUUGGUCACCAGAGUGGUUUCACCGCAUACUGCCUGCAGGGUGCGGCCAAAGCAAUGCCUUUAGUGCAUCCGGAAAAUCAGUUGAACAAUUUCCUCAAUUUUUCGGGCGUUGAUGCGUGGCGAGUGAUUGAAAUACAGUCUGGUCACGGAGGCAAUGUGCACGGUGAAUAUUUACUUGUAUUCCAAACGCUCGCAAUCUACGUCGACCUGCAGGGGCGUAAAUCACGCGAUCGCGAAAUCAUGUAUCCGGCUGUCCCUAAGCAUAUCACAUACUGUGACGGUCAUCUACUAGUCUACUCGGAGACCCAUCUGGACAUCUUCAACACGCAAACCGCGGAAUGGGUGCAGUCAAUUGGUUUAAAACGUUCCCGUCCACUGAUGAACAAUGGCAGCCUUACGUUGACCUAUCUCAAUGACAGCGUACACGUCGUUUACCUGGCGAACAUGCAUACGAGAGAAUUGCUCAAUCUUUCCCCAUGUGAUCGCGAUGGCCGUCUGAAAUCUAAACGGUUUUCAUUACGCGAACCUAAUCGAACCAUUCGAACAAGCACCGAUCGCCGCUCGAAGCUUAUCUCUGCACCAACUAACUUUAACCAUAUCUCGCACAUGGGUCCCGGAGAUGGAAUUCAAAAGCAACGGUUGCUCGAUCUCCCAACGACGAUCGAGACAGCCGACCAGAGUACACAACAGCAACGGAUUUCAACGAUGCGUCAUGCACCGCCACCUCCUCGUGCACCUCCUCGUCCAUCCAUGAUCCAUCAACUGAAUGGAUCGAACAAUUCCCUACCAGGUGCAAAACGUACCGCCCCUGCCAGGCCGCGCGAUCAGCCUCCAUCGUUACCACGUUCACCUAGUCCGUUGGGAAGCAUGUCCUCACUUCAUGACGUUCUAAAGGUUUCGGUUGCCGAUAUGCAAUCGGAAUCAAGGCAAAGUGUGGCGAGCAACAACUCCAGCUCGGUAUCUACGCCCCCUUCCCCAACGAACGAUCGAUUAAGUUCAAGCUACGAUUCAUAAUGUUUCCUGAAAUAUUUCACCAAAUUGCUAACCAUUCGCUCCACGCUGGAACACAGUGGACGGUCGUUUUGCUUAAGGGGGCCGCCAGCUACACGCCAUUCGAGUCGCCGCGAAAUGGACGGAGCGGAUACUUAGCGACGUUGAGUGUGUUUUUGAUUAUUUUGUAUUGUUUUUGUUAAAGAUUCGUAUAAAAAAUGCGCCAUAUAUCGUUACAUCGAGUUUCCGCGAAGGAGGCAAUCUAAUUUCACACCUGCAUUCAUAUUUCUGCUCCCCCCGCGCACAACGGGUGGUGGUACGUGUUGCGGUUUCAUUUUAAACUAACCAUAAUCGUAUGUUCGUAGCAUGCGGUGCUAAGUAAUGAUCAAUGAUCUCUUCCCCUGUCUAUCUCUCUAUUGCUGUUCAAAAUUUUAGUUUAAAUACGUUUUUUUUAUUACAUUUUCAUUCAUUCCCUUCACUCAGCACAUGCUGCUGAUCUAUGCGAUCAUACACUCAUCAUUACGUAACGUGAAACAAAACAAAAGAAUCAGGAAACUGUAUCAAUUAUGACAACCAAAUGACUUGCGGUCGGGUUGUAGUCGAUUAAAUGAACAAACUUACAAACUAAGCCGGUGGGUGUGAUUUGUAACCAUACGAAACGGGCAACCUCUUUUUGCUGCGGAGUUCUACUUCCGUGUUCCGUUGCGCUUUUCACGUGCGUGUGCGUGUGUGUAUGUGUGUAUUGCACAGGUUGUAGGAAACGUUAGUUGGUAGCGAGGAAUAGAGAAGGAAAUAGAGACAUUGAACCAUCCUCUCAUUACCAUUAAGCGGGUUAGAAUGCUAAAACUGUGAGAAGAAAAUUGUACGCCUAUUGUAUACUAUUGUCAUUAUAUCUAACCUCUAGAAACAAAAAAAAAACGACGCCAUGUAUUCCUGCCGAAUAAUAGUAUUUGAUAUUCAUUCCUAGAUACAAAAACACAUACUGUAAAAAGUAUCACAACCGGUAAUGGUAGGCCGUCGGGUUCGUCUACAAUCGAUCCUAUAGAAUAGCAAGCUGAUGAAAAUUAGAAACGCAUUCUUUCAUACUAUACUGUACCAGUUCUUGUUCAUCGCGUUACUCCCCUAUCGACGGUUCACUAAUGUUUCUCCAAUGUUUAAAGUCAUCGAAUUCCAAAACAACGAUCAUUAGAAUGGUCGGGCAGCAUACGGCUGUCCAAAGCAUACCAUAACCUCAUCGUACUAAUCCCUUAACGGAGCUACUUUUUUCACACACUACUACAUUGUACAUUGCGCAUUAGUAAACGAUCCCGUUUUGGUGGAUUCUACCGUACACACAUGCGCACGCACAGUUGCAAACAUGGCUGAUAAUAAAAAAAAGUGCGCCUACGUAGCGAUUGUCUCUGCUACGGCUACAUACAUUCACAAACACACCGAUGGUGCUUCCAAACGUAGCAGUUGCAGAAUUAAACUGUAAGGUUAAAAUUGCUCGUCGGUUCACGCGCACCACACGCACGGUGAAAGGGAUGCAGCAGCGACUGCACGUAGGCCCAAAAUAAACAGUAAAUUGUCAAUAUACAAGAGUGAAUUUAGUGGUGUGUCGGGGAGUAAAAUUACAAAAAAAAAAACAAAUGAAAUCAAAUUAUACAUACCUUCAGAAUGUUUACAUGCGUACAACUAGUAACGAAAGUGAACUUGUGAAGCGGCACAUACCCCCGUGAUAGGAGCGUGUCCUUAUUGUGACUAGCAAACGGUAGAAAUGCAAGCGUUUAUUGGGGCACACAGACAACGCACCACUAAAACCGUGCUGCAGAAAAAGAAAUAAAACCAUGAGGACAAUAUUUAGUAUUUUCAAUGCAGAUUAAUACUGCAUUUGUUGCAUAAUGUUAUAACACGGAAUGUCGUGGGCUGAGAUAAGACGGGACAAAGCCGCAUCAGAAGGGCUGCAACGAGCAGGGACAUGUGAAUGGGCGCCUGAUAAUGUAGGGGGCAACAGGAGUGCAGUAGUAGUGUACUGGAUGGCGAUCGUAGUUAUGUACGUUUAAAAUAUCGAUCAUCAAUCAUAAAGUUCACGCGCAUUGCAUAAAUUAGCUAACGUUUACAUUAUACGGUUUACUACUCACUGAUUGAAGCAAAGGGCGCCGCGCAGCCCUUGGUAGUAUGCAGGGAACGAAUAAUCCAGCUCGUAACCAAGAAAUGAAGAUUGAUGCUAAUGAAAUUAAUGUCCUAUUUCAAAAAGGGUUUUAUGUAACUUAAAUUUAUCGCUUGUUUUAAUUCCCUUCCCUAAGCACCGGUACGCGCCUAAAUUGAAGCUGAUAGUUUAUCGCUUGGUUUUACUUAGUAUCUGUUUUAAGAUCGCGCCGAGAUGGCGGCGAAACUUACAAAUUGAAUGCGCCAUUCUUUUAUUGUCCUUUUGUUAGUAAAAGUUCUUUCAGUUUUAUUUAUUUGAAUGUAACAAUUAGCCCCGGAAAUUGAUGUUAAUUUAUGUGUAGUCGUUGAAAUGUGCAGCGUAAUACGUGACACGUUAUAUUAAUGCUAACGAAAGGUAAUGGUAAAGAAACACAAGUUCACAAAACCUGCAUUCGUAACGGUUGAAGAAGGUUGCUUUCAGUUGCGGAGGCAGAGGGUCAAUUUUCGAACGAGUAGCAACUAACUGAACGGCAACAGUACGGUGUUGGGUGGGGUAUUGGCUGCGCCUUACUGUACAUUUGUGCGAAAAAGAAACAAACAUACGGUACAUCCUCAUGCGCUGGAAAAACUUUUUCCACCGUAAAAGCAUAUUUGAUUCAAACGGCAACGAAUGUGAAAUAACAUGAAACACUUACAAGAUGCAUGACUCCAGCAGCAUUGCGAAGAAUUCAGGAGUGCGGAUACAAACUAAAAUAACAAAACGAGCCAAACAGA